GGGAUAUAUAUUUUGUAUUUUAUGUUCAUUUUUCACAAAAUAAAUACCAAAAAUGUGACUAUACCGUGUAUUAUAAUCAAAUUAAGUGAAGACACUAAAUCUCUCGACUAAAGACUGACUAUAUUGUAUAAAAAUUUAAUGAAAUAAAUGUAAAAAAAAUAUGUCAAUAUUUUUUACAUGAGAAAAAAGUUACAGAUGUACAUCUUGUACGUAUAUAGAAUUUGAAGAAUUGUUUUUUUUAUUAUCGAAUAAUAAAAAGAAAUUAAUUAAUUAUAAAAGUAGUUUGGAAUUAUUUGGAAUUUGGAGUUUUUGAAAUUAUUAAGUUUACCUUUCAUUUUGUCAAAGUUGAAAAUUGGAUAUUUAAUUGUUAAAGAACUAUAAAUGAUUAAAGAAAUAUAAAGUGUAUAAUAAAUUAAUAUUAUAUGAAAAUAUAGAAAAAUUACAAAAAAAUAUCCUAGCUUUUUUUACAAUUUUCUAAAAGAAAAAAUAAUUGACAUUACUCGGAAUCUCAAAAUUAAUCUGAGUGUAAUUACAAUGUCUGAGUUCUUAAAUUAAAAUUUUUCUGAUCCCUUAGAACAAUAUUUUUAUGUAUAUAUAUAUAAAUAUCUUCAAAUUACGAAUGACAAUUGCAGUUUAGUGAUGACAUCAUCAUUUACUUAAUUUCCCCUUGCGCAUUUUAAUUUAUCUUUUGUAACAUCUACGUACAUCCCUUUAAAUGAAUAAAGUUUUGUGCUUUGUUUUCUCAGUUUUUAUACAUGCCUUACAGCAUCGCCAUUGAACUGAUCUCGAAAAGUUAUAUGUUUGUUGCAAUAUUUAAUAAAUAAAAAUAAAAAUGAUUUCUUAUAAAAAUUCAUGGUGCUCUACAAUUUUUUUCUUAAUCACCUUCAAUCAUUUUAAAUAUAGGGGUGCAAUAGGUUUAAAAGAUUUAAAACUCACGGUACCAGCGACAGUUCGAUCGGGAGAUGCCGUUUGGUUAACUUGUGAUUAUGAUCUUCAGGGAAAAUUACUUUAUACAGUAAAAUGGUACUUGAACGAUGCUGAAUUUUAUCGAUAUUCACCAAAACGAAAUCCUCCUGGACUUGCAUUAGCUGUGAAGGAUAUAAAAGUCAACCUUAACAGAUCCAACAUGAAUGAUGUUAUGUUACUUGACGUUUCAAGAAAUCAAACUGGAAUGUAUAAAUGUGAAGCAACCGAAGAACUUCCGACGCUUGAAACUCGAACGCAACAAUCCUUCAUGAUGGUAAUUGAAGUUCCAGAACAUGACCCGUCAAUAUUGGUUCAGAGAGAUCGUUUGUCAGUCGGAGGGACACUUCGAGCUAAUUGCUCAUCGGGUUCUUCUCUUCCAGCUCCCAUAAUUACAUGGACCAUCAAUGGAGAAUCCCUUGAUAAUAAUAAAAUGGAGUUUCGAAUAAAUUUUCGUAAUAUUCCAAUGUAUGGUGAAAAAUUUAUGACUCGAUCGAGUCUUGAGAUGAAGAUCAUUCCCAGAUUAUUUCAAGACAAUAAAAUUCGUUUACGUUGUUUUGCCAAUAUUCAUCCUGUUUAUCAAGCAACGGCCGAAUUUGAAAUCAUUGAAGAUAUUCCAUUCAUUGCGUCCAUAAUUGAAAAUACUUCACCUCAUAGUUAUCAAACAAAUGAGUGCACCCGAAACAAUUUAUCUGACUGUCUGAAUUUGGCGACGACAGUUUUUUUAAUACUCGUUGUAGCAUCAGUUACAAAUAUGAGAUAGUUUUUAAUGGAUUUCUGGAACAUUACUCUAAUUACUCUAUUUGUUAAACUGCGUACGAGGAAAGAAAUAACAUCGUUUGAAUUUAUGGAAUAAAAAGCACUUAUGUCCUGAACAAAAUUGCGUUUUCAAUUUCACAAAGUGCUUUAGUAGAAAGACUAUCAAUUAUCCAAGAAAAAAUAAAUACAGAUCAAUAAAAAAAAGAAUCAAUGAGUUCAACUCAAAUGAAAGAAUCUUUUGUUAAUGAAACAUUUGAUCUUCUACCACUUCCAUUUAUUGAAAAACUAAAGGCAGAGGAAAUUGAUAAAAUUUCUUUAACAAACAAUGAAAAUCAAAAGAAAUGGGAAAAUUUUAUAAAUAGACUUCCAGACUCUCAAAAUGAAAUUAUUCCUAGGGCACUUGACAAAUACUGGCGAUGGAAAACGUAUAAAAAAUAUAUACCAGAGGAACGAACUAAUUUUCGAAAAACAAUGUCAAUUGGUCCAAAAAUAGAUCAAUUUGGUCGCUUACCUAUACCUGAAGAUUUAAAUAAAUUUCGAAUUUCUCGAGUAACUAAUCAGAAAUCAAAAAAAAAUUGGAGCAUAUCUUAAAA